AUGCUUUUGCUGGUCCUCGAAGACCAAAAGAUCAACAAGGCGAGGAGGAAGUGGCAGAAGCAGACGGAGUUCCUGUGCACGAUAAAGUUCCGCAACAGCCUCCCGGACCCGCCUUUGGGCCCCCACUUUCUCGACGUUCCCUUAGACCUUCAGAGCUACGUCAAGUACAAGCCCACCACUCUGGAGAGCGACUACAAGUGGAAGCUGCACUACGAGCGGGACCUCGGAGUCCCCAUCGACGUGAUCGAUCCGCGAAAUUACUUGCUGCCGAAGAAAGCGGUCCCGCUGCCACCGGAGGACGAGGCGCUGCUCAAUUGGCGAGAGGGAGAUGGACCCGGCUCAGUCAAGAAGGAGGACCUCUCGACCUCGGCCCGCCGUAAGACGGUGGACACGUCGGUCACCUGGCUCAAGAAGACGGUGUACCUCACCAACGACCCCUUCGACCCCGUGCACCAGUUCAAGUCGGAGCAGCAGACACAGGCGGACAAGGAGGUUGAGCUGGAGAAGGAAAUCGCGCGGGGGAAGAAGCAAGACCGGAAGAUGCUCAUCGAGGAGUCGUUUCUGCAUGCCAACAGCAACAAGCCGCUGGUGCACCAGGACGCCAGCAAGAGACACCUCACGGCGGAGUGGGUGAUGCCGGUGAUGCCGGACGUGUCCCUGUGGCCAAACACCUAUACCACCGUGAUGUUCGACAAGGACCCCGCGGCGGACGAGACUGUCAAGGGGUCGGAGGCUCGCAAGCGGAAACGUGCGGGCGAGGCUUUGGUGUGCAACGUGAAGCGGACCACCUUCGAGGGAAACUCGCACGAGGUGAUCACGGGGUCGUACCUGAUGCCGAAAGGCAAGGCAACGAAGAAGGGAGAGGGGGAGGAAGAGGAAGAGGAGGAGGAGGAGGAGGAGAAGAUGGACGUGGAGGAUGGGAGCGUCGGGUACGACUUCGUCAAGGACUACAAGUUCAACAUCGUGCAUUACGCGCAAACGCAAUACGACGGAAACCCGCACCUCCUUUUCGUCAUCAACAAAGACACCCAGGAGGCCAGCUUCUGCAAGCUUUCCGCCAAGGUCGAGCUUGCGAACCUUCCGCGGGGACAGGGACAACCCGCGACGGGACGGGGUGCUGUGGUGUCGAAGCGGAGCCUGUCGCCAGAAGAAGUGAGCAACGCUCGUAAGAAGGUGUCGGCCGACUUGCAGCUGGAAGGGGAGUACUACAUCGCCGGGGAAGACGGCCUCAGCAAUGGGGGCCACGCGGCUGGGGGUGACACGGGGGAGGAGGGGGACGAGGGUGGCGGUGGUGGCGGGUGGAGUGGGGGCGGUGGAGAGAACGGCCAUGCUAACCGCUCGGAGGCUGGUCUGAACGGCCACAGCGAUGAGAGCAGGGCGUGGAACGGGACGUCCGACGUUGAUCGGGAGUCGGUGCUAAGCAUGACGAUGGAGUCGGAGGCGUCAAACGUGGCAGUCAAGGGAACGGAAAGCUCCGAAGGCGACAUCGCGGGCGCCCACACGGAUGACGACGAGGACUCCGAACCGUGACCAAAGUCAUACCAACCUCUAUGUGCGGGCCCCUUUCUACCAGUAAGAGCGAAAGAAGGAACCGUUCGACCAAGCGGAAGAACGGGGCGCAAUGAACACGCUGUCGCUCUCUACGGCGGGAACAGGACCCCCGCAGACCGGGGAGUUUCCCUCUGUGCUUAAGUGCUGGUUUGGGAUCCGGUGUACUUGUGUUUGCGUUUUUGCUGCUAGAAGAUGGGCGUACAUCCCGGCCCGUGUGAGGGCUCCGGUCGUGGUGUCCACGUCGGCUAAGUGGUAGUAGAAAGAGUGACGAGACAGCUUGACCGCGUCUUGGCUGAGGACCGAAAAGAGCACCAACACGACAAGACGCCGCACUAGUAUGCCAAUAAGGACCCCCCCCCCUCCCCCUCCUCGGGUUGACUGCUGUGACCCUUUCAUUUCUUCUGCGUGAUGCCUGAUCGGGCGGAGUUCAACCUUGGGUUCGAGGCUCUCUGAGUAUCAUUUUGGGCGUUGCCCAUUUGUUGCCUCUCUAUGAAAACGCAAGAAGUGUCGCGUGGAAGGGGUGUAGGAGCUGAGGACCGACGAUAGUUUGUUGGUUUCUCUCGCUGAUAGCCGUUAUUUUGGUAUUGCUAGGUUGCCCAGCGUUGUGUGCUGAUGGUGUGAACUGAUUGGACAACAUUUGUGCGAUCUGCGUACGCCUGCCGUUGUUGUUGUUUGCGUUGCUUCCGGUGGUCUUGGUGUGGAAG